UGGGGGGUGGGGGGCGGGACGCGGCCGGGCUCACGGUGUCCCCCGGGCCGGGAAGCGGCUGGGCAAGGGAGGGGCCUCGGGGAGACGGGCGCCCCCCCCGAAACGGAGCCCCUUUCUGCGCGCGUGGGGGAGGGGGGGCGUCAUGGGCCCGGUCGGGAGUCCCCGCGUGACGCUGCUGGGAGUUGUUGCAAGGAGGGGCGGCGGCGGAGUGGGGGGGAGGGGGGGGAGACGAGGAGGAGAGAGCCCCCCCCCCCGCAUCUCCUGCUGCUGGCCUGGCUUCGUGCCUCUGGGGGCUGCGGAGGAGGGCUUUGCACCCAGGGGCUGCCUGGAUCCCCCUCCCGGGCGAAAGCUCUGCCCUCCCACCCCCACCCAGAGGCUUCCUCGCAGGGACAGUUGGGGUUACGCCUUCCCUUCCCCCCCCCCCCCGGCCUGCUGGGUCCCCUGAAAUCUGACCAAUGGCCAUCCAUCAUUCGGACCCUUUGGGGGCAAGACGGUCAUGUCCGUAGAAGAGCCCCUCCCUACCUGGGGCUGCCCAAGAGCAGCGGACCCCCCCCCCCCCGGUUGAUUGGUCCUAGGAAGGAACCCCUCUGCGUCCUCGCCUAGAGAUGUGUGGGUCCCCGCCUGGAAGUCUUGGAAGCAGAGGAGGCACUCUUCUCCUGCAAGCAGAAAUGCAGCUUGUCAGCCAGUGGUCUUUGGGCAGUCUUCCUGAAAUGAAUCUUUUAUACAGAUGGUGCCGUUUGCGUGAAACCCGAUGAAACCUCCCCUUCAAAUAAGCACAGCAUAAAUCUUGCGGUGUUAUGCUUAUAAACGUGAGCGUGUUCUUUUAACGGGUGUCAAUGCUGCUUACACCGUGCCUGCAGUUUCAAGGAGGGGCCAUCCAAAAUGCUGAACAAGGAGGCAUUUGCCAAACAAACUUUAGAAAUGGACUCAGUGCAUGAUCCUGCUCCAAGCCCCAAGUACGCUCCUCUCGGAAGGUCUCAGCUAAAUGCUUCUACUAUGGAAAGCCAAGAAACCAUGAAUGGGGAAUCAGAGGAUCUCUUUGAGGAACUGGUGGAAAGAGCCAAAGCAGGAGAGUCCAAAGCACAGGCAGAGGUGGGGAAGCACUACCUGAACCUAGCAGAAGACCGAGAUGAGGAGCUGAACAGCUGCAAAGCAGUCGAGUGGCUGAUCCUUGCUGCUAAACAGGGGCGAAGGGGAGCCGGCAAACUGCUGAAGCAGUGCUUAGCAGAGCGAAGAGGCAUCACUUCGGAGAAUGAGCAAGAAGUGAAGAGACUGUCGUCUGAGACUGAUUUGGAAAGAGUUGUGAGGAAAGCUGGCUCGGUCAUGUACUGGAAGCUAAAUCCAGAGAAGAAGAAGCACUUGGCUGUUUCAGAACUGUUAGAAAAUGUUGACCAAGUAGAUGGCGAAGGUGGUGAGAAGCGGCCAGGCCCGGUCCCAAAGUCUGUCCAGAAGCAAAGAAGAAUGCUGGAGCGGCUGGUGAGCAGCGAAUCAAAGAGUUACAUUGCCCUGGAUGAUUUUGUUGAACUAACCAAGAAGUACGCCAAAGGCAUCAUCCCAACCAAACUCCUUGAGCAAGAUGAGGAUGACGAUGAGCUGGCAGGCAAGAGUCCAGAGGAGCUUCCACUCCAGCUCAGGAUUAUCAAGUAUCCCCUUCAUGCCAUUAUGGAAAUCAAGGAGUACCUCAUAGACAUUGCUUCUAAAGCCGGAAUGCACUGGCUGUCCACUAUUGUUCCCACACACCAAAUCAAUGCGCUCAUGUUCUUCUUCAUCAUCAGCAACCUGACAAUUGACUUUUUUGCCUUUUUUAUUCCAUUAGUCAUCUUCUAUCUCUCCUUCGUUUCCAUGGUGAUCUGCACCCUGAAGGUCUUUCAGGACAGUAAAGCUUGGGAGAACUUCCGAGCCCUCACGGACUUGCUGCUUCGUUUUGAGCCAAAUCUAGACGUUGAGGAAGCAGAAGUGAACUUUGGAUGGAACCACUUGGAGCCGUACCUUUACUUCCUCCUGUCUGUCUUUUUCGUUAUUUUUUCCUUUCCCAUAGCAAGCAAGGCCUGGAUCCCCUGCUCCGAGCUGGCAACUGUCUCCAUUUUCUUCAUGGUGACGAGCUACUUAAGUUUAGCCACGAGUGCGGAAUCUUACACACGGAGAGCACUGCUGACGGAGGUGGCUGCAGGCGCCCUCUCCUUGCUGCAGGUGGUGCCUGUAAACUUGGGGCCGCUUAGACUGCUGGGAAAAACCUUUUACAGUAUCCCUCUUGGCCCUGUUUUGGUGUUCAACAUGAGCUUCCCUUGCCUUUUGUUUCUGUAUUUGUUUUAUCUGUUCUUUAGAAUGGCAAAGAUGAGGAACUUCAAGGGCACAUAUUACUACCUGGUUCCUUACUUGGUGUGUUUCAUGUGGUGUGAACUCUCAGUGGUUAUUUUGCGGCACUCGACUGGCAUCGGCCUGAUUCGUGCUUCCGUUGGUUACUUUUUGUUCCUGUUUGCCCUUCCUAUUCUAUUGAUUGGCAUUGCACUGAUGUGUCUCAUCCAUUUCAUAAAGUGGUUCAUAACACUGGAACUAGUGAAGAUUGUGGUAACUCUGGUGGUGUGUGUGGUUCCUUUGCUAUUCCGGUGGUGGACAAAGAGCAGCUUCUCCAUGGUUGGAAUGGUCAAGUCCUUAACAAAGAGUUCAAUUGUGAAACUCAUUCUUGUCUGGAUAACUGCCAUAGUGUUAUUCUGUUGGUUUUACGUCUACCGCUCAGAGGGAAUGAAAGUAUAUAACUCUACCUUGACAUGGAAUCAGUAUGGGUUUUUGUGUGGUCCGCGGGCUUGGAAGGAAACCAACAUGGCCCGAACCCAGAUGUUAUGCAGUCAUCUAGAGGGCCAUCGGGUGACCUGGACUGGAAGGUUCAAAUAUGUCAGAAUCACCGACAUUGACAAUAGUGCAGAAUCUGCAAUCAACAUGCUUCCCUUUUUUAUUGGAGAUUGGCUGAGAUGCUUGUACGGUGAAACGUACCCGGCGUGUGCCCCUGAAAACAUCACCCUCGAAGAGGAGGAGCUGUGUCGUCUGAAAUAUCUGACCAAACAUGACUGCCACAUGAAGCGGUUUGACCGCUACAAAUUUGAGAUCUCCGUGGGCAUGCCUCUCAACAGCAUGGAUGGGAACAAGGCGAGAGAAGAGGAGGACGCCACCAAAGACAUUGUGCUGAAGGCCAGCAGUGAGUUCAGGAAGGUGCUGCUGAACUUGAGGCAAGGGAGUGUCGUUGAGUUCAGCACUAUCCUGGAAGGCCGCCUCGGCAGCAAGUGGCCGGUCUUCGAGCUGAAAGCGAUCUCCUGCUUGAACUGCAUGGCUGAACUGCUGCCUGCCGCCAGGCAUGUCAAAGUGGAGCACGACUGGAGAAGCACAGUUCAGAAAGCACUCAAGUUUGCCUUUGAUUUUUUCUUUUACCCGUUUUUGUCAGUGGCGUAUUGAGCUUGAAUGGCGCCAUUUGCAUUGCCAAGACCAAAGAGUUGACUUAAAAGCUCCUAUAACAAGGUUGAAAAUGAAUGCUAGUAGGAUUAUGUCCCACACUCACUUGGCUGUUUAUAAAAUUCGUGUGCCACUGACAGUAUCUGCAUAUUAAAAGCUUGAGAACGGUGUUUCCCACAAGGGUCUAUUUCUCUGGUGGAUUUUAAAAGCACUUUAUUCCGCAGGUGAGGCGUCUCUCCCCUCCUGCAUAUUGCUGCCUGUGUAGCUCAAAGUUGACUUUGUGGGUGACGGCACAGCCUAGUCUCAAUUUCUGCUGUGGUUACUAGGAAAUAUCAACAGUGUCAUUGGUUGACUAUGGUUAUGUUGGGACCCGCACCAUCAGAACUGACCAGAAUUGGACUACGUGUUGGAGGAGGAGAACGGUCAUUGGUUGACUAUGGUUAUGUUGGGACCCGAACCAUCACAACUGACCAGAAUUGGACUACGUGUUGGAGGAGGAGAACGUGCAAAAAGAAAUGGCUGUUGUGAGAAUGGGUCAAGAGCUUGAAUGGCACCGCUAAGGGGAGGCAACGCAUAGGGAUUUUGACUGAGCAUUGAAAACAAAUCUCUCACUAUUGGUCUGUGCUUAUCAAUACAAGCGUGAAAUUAAAAUGUUAAAAUAUGCAGUGAAAAGA